ACACUCCUUAGCGAUCACACACCUUAACCCUGACUCAGUGGCUGCAGUUUUCAAAAGAAGUGAAAUCAAGAUGAAGAACCGUGUGCUUUUCUGGGGAGUCCUGGCCAUUUUUGUUAAGACUCUUCUUGUGACAGCUCAAGAUGAAGAGGAAAGGAUCAUCCUUGCUGACAAUAAAUGUCAGUGUGUUCGAGUUACUUCCAGGGUCAUCCGUUCCUCUGAAAACCCUAAUGACUACAUUGUGGAGAGAAAUAUCCGAAUUAUUGUUCCUGUGAACAGCAGAGAGAAUAUCUCUGAUCCCACCUCACCACGGAGAACCACUUUUGCGUACCGUUUGUCUGACAUCUGUAAAAAAUGUGAUCCUGUAGAAGUGGAGCUGGAUAAUCAGGUAGUUAUUGCCACGCAGAGCAACCUCUGUGGGGAAGACAGAGAGCCAGAGACGUGCUACACUUAUGACAGGAACAAAUGCUACACAACUGUGGUCCCGCUCACAUACAGGGGAGAGAACAAGAUGGUGAAGGCAGCCCUGACCCCUGACUCCUGCUACCCCGACUAGCAUAAGUCACUGCUGACUGUGCAGCUUGGUCCUGAGAAGCUCUCCAUUUCAUCCAGAAAGUUAGUGUACUUAUUACCAGUAGGCCAAAUUUUAAAAUCAGUGCAAGACUAACUUUCCCCUUAAAAAUUGAAAGAAUGUUUUAUUAGGCAAUUACUCCUCAAAUCUAAAUAUUAAAUAUUUUAAUGCUUAUCUGAGGAACAUGCUUCCUUAAGAUCAUAAUUUUUAGCAUUUAAAAGAAUAGAGAAGAAAAGAAAGUAAAACUCAAACAGUAAAAAUCUGGAGGCAUAAUUAAACAUCCUCUUUGCUUUGCUUUGUUUGGGAGAGCCAGAGCUUUUGCACAUUCUAUGCCAUUUUCCUUUUUAAAAGUUUCACUGUGUAGAGAAAAUAUAUGUCUAAGCAUAGGUCAAUUAUGUAUCUUCUUUAGAAAAAUGAUAUGGAUAACAUGUGCUGGAACUAUAUAAAAUUAUUAAAAAUGUAAUCUAAUAUUUAUGAAACCAAUUUGAAGAGAAUGAUACAAUUUAAAACAAUUAAAACUCAAUUUUGACAUAAUACACAG